AUGAGAUACAAGGUGCGCAAAAGUGGAAAAAAGGCCAUGAUCGAGUCCAAAAGUGCACAGCAACCAGAGCCCGAGUUCGGGGCGCCCGCAGUCGCUCCACCGGCCCCUACGUUCUGUGCCCCUACAACUGCCCUGCAUACAGACACUAUGAUCCUCGCAGCCGCUGAUAAAGGCAAAAGUCCCGACUUGUCUGUCUCAUUACAGAGAUUCUCCUCCACAAAUAGCUUAAGAGAAAGCCCGAGAGAACCUCAACACUCUCCCAAUCACACUCACACCCACCAAAUCAUCUCGCACUCGCAAUCUGCUAGCAGCAGCAGCAGAAGCAGAAGCAGUACCCACAGCCGGCCUUGCAGCAGCAGUUCUACACCCUCCAGCUCGCCCGAUAUCAUUGCCCAGAAAGGCAUCCCUGUCUCGUCCAUCGCUUCCAUCUCAGCUAUUUCCCAGACCCCCGAUUUCCAGGACAUGGGCUCAGUCCACUCUACGCUAGGACCCAGUUUCAGCUUCUCCACUCGCAAAGAUAAGGAGCCUGCCAUGGAAACGGAAAAGGUGCUUUCCAAGCCCGCUACAUCGCCAGUUUUGUCUCGACCGAAUACCCCCGGAGCUGGUGCAGACUUGUCGGCCUCUGUUGUUGAGACCCCAACAUCUUCAUGGUGGCGCUCAAAGAGAGUUUCCCCCCCUCCAUCACAACCAGACCAAACCUUGGAGUGCACAAGCUCCGCAUGUGAGAACCCUAACCGCGCAUCUGAUUGUACGCUUGCGGAGACCCAACCGAGGGAACCCGACGCUAUCGUUACCUCCGAAACCAAUACGACCACAGUCGCAGCUUCGUCAUCCUCUUCUGGCUGGUGGUUUUUCAGCUCCAAGACGACUCGCACAGCCACGGCGCAAUUUCCCGAAAUGGGCUCCUCUACAAGCACUGCUGUUGCUACCAACCCGACCAAGGCUACAACCUCCGAUCCAGCAACCAGCUCCACCUCCACGUCGGCACCCACCUCACAUGGUGAUACACAGGCCCAGAGCGCCCCUGAGAUUCAGUCCAAGGGCUGGUUUUCGGGCUGGUGGGGCUCGUCUAAAAACAUUGAGGCCUCUCCUGCUGGAUCCGAGGAAAAAGAUGUGGUUACCUCGGACAUAAGUGAACUGGGCGAUGACGGAGGAGAGGUGGUGGCCGAGGAAAAUAAGGGUGGUGGCCGAUCCUGGGGGUUCUGGUCGACAGGUACCGGAGCCAAAAAGACCAGCGGUGAAGUAGCUGUCUCGGGUCUUGACUCGAAGUCUUCACCUUCAAAGGAGCCCCCGAACACUCCUCGAUCAUCUCCUGUGGGAUCACCCAGAAUGGAGGCCACUGAGCCAUCUGAGCCUGUGAAGGAUAUCCCAUCCAAGGACAAGGACCAGAAGAAGUUAGACGGCGCAACCCAGUCCGGAGACGCUUCUCCUGCUCCUCCUGUUCGAAAGACUACAAAGAAUGGAAAGCCUUAUCGACAGAAUCUCGUCAUUCCCUCGCCCGACGCAUGCUUCCCGGAGUACUCGCAACGAGACUACUUUUUGUCUCACCUCAAGAAGUUGUCUUCUUACUGGACACCCAAAACUACCUCUGGAGACCCCGCUCUGAACCAAUACAAUCAGUUCCACAGCUCUGUCUACCGAACACAGAAGCUGCCUGAGGUCAAGAAGGCCGUUGUCAUUGGUGUGCAUGGUUUCUUCCCAGCAAAGGUGGUUAGAACCUUUAUCGGAGAGCCCACAGGAACCUCUGUGCGGUUUGCGAACAUGGGAGCCGAGGCCGUGGAACGAUGGGCCAAGGCUCAUGAUGUUGACAUUGAGAUUGAGCGAAUCGCUCUGGAAGGAGAGGGCAAGGUUCUGCAGCGGGUGGACAACCUGUACAACAUUCUUAUGAACUGGAUCGACCACGUCCGAAGCGCCGACGUUAUUUAUUUCUGCGCCCACUCCCAGGGUGUGCCCGUGGCCGUCCACAUUCUUGCUCGGCUAAUCGAGAACGGUCUCGUGGACCACAAGAAGAUUGGUAUGUUGGCCAUGGCCGGUAUUUCGCUCGGCCCCUUUUACGGUCUGGACUCCAAGUUCGUGAUGCGAAUGUACUCUACUUCCGUUGGAACCGAGUCCCUGGCCGAGCUCUUCGAGUUCCAGGAUACUAACUCUCUCAUGGCUCGAAAGUACUUGCAGUCUCUUCGAACUGUUCUUGCGCACAACUGCAAGAUUGCUUUCGUCGGCUCCAUGAACGACCAGAUGGUCCCUCUCUACUCCUCCACAUGCAUGCAUGUCGCACACCCCUGCAUCUUCCGCGCAGUGUACGUUGACGGUAAGGAUGUGGCUCCUGAGUUCAUUUCUGACCUGGUGUCCCUUGCCCUGCUGCUCCGGAACAUUGGUUCUACUGAUCACAAUGUCAUCAAGGAGGUCAGCGGAGCUGUUGCAGGUGCCCUAACCGGGGGUGGUCACUCCAAAAUCUACAAUGAAGCUUCAGUCUACGAUCUGGGCUUCCAAUACAUCAUGGAGACUACCUUUCCCUCCAACCCUGUGGCCAUGUCCGUCUUUGAGGAUUUUGAGAUCCCCAAAAAGAACCCCAAUCCCUACAAUCUCCCCUAUUGCAUGCGAAGUAUGCAAUACGAGACGCUGGCCCGACCGCCGCUUCGGCCUCUGCUUGAGAACCUAAACCAGGAAUUUGAAAAGUGGAAGCCCGAAAGCAAGCCUCUGAGGGACCUGAAGUAUAGACUGAGUCCUAUUCAGAACCAAGCCAAGCUCUGA